CAUUACUCAACUCUACCUUACCACACAGUUGAUACCCAACUCACCUAUCGACUCAUAUGAACCUAUCUCUCGGCAUCUGAAAGAAUCUCACUUCAGAUAGAAAAACCCUGACACACGAAAACAAACAAAACUGCCCUCAGUUUUCCUUACCUGACUCUCAACAACGGUUACCCUAUAUAGGUCACCCGAAAACUCAACUCCAACUCCGUUGGUAGUCAUCUCCACGCCCGCACCCAACUCAGAUGCCUUCCCCGGACACCAGCCGGCCUUGUAAGCGGUGCAAGGCCGAAGACGCCGCUUUCCUCCUGCGGACAGACCCAACAUGCCGUGAUUGCUAUAUCCAAUAUGUCGCUUAUAAACUAAACAAGCGUCUCGGCGCACUUCAUAAAAACACUCGCUCUUCAAAGAAGCUCACUACCCGGAGGUACCUGGCUGGCCUGUCUUUUGGACCUUCAUCUAGUGUCCUGGCCCAGUUGCUCAGCGAGCAGGCUCGCCACCACUCAGAGAACAAGGCAUCUUCACCAUUUGAGCCUGUGAUUAUUCAUAUCGAUACUGAGUUAUCACACAUCGAGGGAGAAUCUCCUGCUAAGCAGCUGCUGGAGGAGUACCGUCGUGUAUUGCCAAAUGCCAUGUUCGAGUGUGUUCCUCUAAAGGACGUCCUCUCUGUGAAGAGCAUCGACUGGUCAACUCUACCCCUCGACGCUGUCACACCAGAUGAUGAUGCAAACGCUCGCCUUCAACGACUUUUCAAUGCUUUACCCACAUUGACCUCACGAACAGAUGUUCUCCGUCAGCUUAUCCGUCACCUUCUUCUCCAGAAAGCCCAGGAGCACUCAUGCUCAGCGCUUCUCCUCGGCCACAGCACAACAGCACUCGCCGCCUUGACACUAUCAGAGGUCGCCAACGGUAGAGGCUUUGCAGUUCCGUUACAGGUUGCUGACGGCAUGACAACUGUAUGCAUAUACGAGGCAGUCGAGGGCGCCGCCGCCCAGGAGACCGGCCGACUAGAAUUCCCGGUCUACUAUCCCCUGCGCGAGAUCUUUCGCAACGAGCUGGUUCAGUACAUCGAUCUUGUUCCCUCAUUAAAGGGGGUUGUUCCCGUCAACCAAGCAGGUGCCAAGGCCGGAAACAGUGUUGUUUCACACAAGGACCUGAGCAUCGAGGAGGUCAUGACACGGUACUUUGAUAGUGUAGAGGAGGGAUAUGCUGGAAUCGUUGCCAACGUGGUGCGCACAACUACAAAGCUGGACCGAGUUCCUGGAAAGAGCCUCUGCGGAAGCUGCGGAAUGUCACUUGAUGCCGAGGGAGAUUCGCGAUGGGCCGGAGAGAUAGGCGAUGAUGCCGGGGACGGGCCGGGGGCAGCCGGUGCAGGCCGGCUAUGCUAUGGCUGCAAGCGGUCAAUUCAUGGGUAGAUCAUCAAUUCGUACAAAAAUGUGAACACUCAUAUUGAUAUAUUCUGGUAUGUCACAGUAUCUAUCGUGACUAAAAACUCCUCAAAUACGCCACGCCGCCUUUUGAUUGCCAAACCCAUGACCCAGGCGGUGCCGAAUGCUCCUAUUGUCCUGCUAGAUAAUCAUAUAAAUGAGGACUCAAAAUAUUUCUUUCUUUUUCGUCAUAUACAAGAGCAGUUUUGCUCAUAGAUCGAUGCUCGCUAAUCAAUCUGCCGCCCCGUUCAUUAUUGACCUCUACUAAUAAUCUCAUCAUCUUUAAGUCGCCAUCUCCAACCUUCCGGGGAGAAUGCGAUCCUCGAUCUUGCGGACCAGCUUAUUGGUCUGCUCAGCUAAGCUCAGAGUAAGGAUGGUGUGGGGUAGAAUUCGGGCAAGAUGAGGGAAGAAUCCCUUGUACAGAGCAAAGAGACCCUCGGAACGAAUGGUUUUGGAGAGACAAUCGGCAACGCUGCUGUAAAGAUUGCCGUUCUGGUUGUACAUACGGGACAUGAUGGUGUCUGAGACGUGAAUGUCAGCCGCCAAACUUAGCUUUGGUUCGGGUGUAAGACUUACCAGGAGGAUGCAUCACGCAGCAU